GUUGGUCCAUAGCUGGUCGCAAUCUAAGGCGGGUUGUUUGUGUGGAUAUUCGCGAAUGACGUGAAUUAUGUGGAGAUUUGAGCUGUAUGCUAAGCUUUUCCAACUGAAAUUAAGUAAUUAUGAUAAGCACCCAUGGGAACACGGAAUUGAACAACGGAUCUUGCAGGGAAUUGAUCGCCAUUCGGCUCGUGAUGGUAAAACACGUUCAGGUCUUAUUGAUGUAGACUUAAUACGAGGUUCUGUUUUCACCAAGGCUAAAACCGGGCAUGGUUGGAUGGCAGCUGUGCGUUGGGGCUUAUUGCGCGUAGCAUUCGCUCCUUUUUACUGGAACUACUGGCGCAGUCAUACAUCCUUUCGUAUUGCUGUUUAUAUCAUGGUUCACUUUUUUCUACAGUUUUUACAAGCAGUAUUUUUCCUUCUGACGGACCCGCGGACUAGUAACAGCUCUCAGGAUGAUUUACUUCUUCCUUGCUUAUUGGCUAUCUGUCUGGGUAUUCUUCAUGCACAUAUUACUGCUCCACAUCGAAAACCUGGUUUAUAUUCCUCCUUUAUGGAUAACCCAAUGUCCAAUCAAUCUUUCAAAGAUAUUGGUGACCAUGGCUUGAAUUCGAAUAGUUGUCAAUACAAUCCGGACAAUUUAGUAAAUAAUAAAUUUAGUAGUAUACAGACUGUUAUAAAUAGACAUAGUGAGUAUGAUCAUUCAUCUUGGUUUCCUAUACAGUCAGCUAUUUCAGAGCAUCACAAAUUUCCAACCAAUAUUUACUCAGCGAAUCAUCAGUCAAAAAACGUACCAAAUCCCAACAAAGAACAUAUAAUAAAUGUUUCAGAACAAUGUGGACAUUCAAGUAGUGGUUGUUUCGAAUGUUGCAAAGCCUCUCAGCUAAUGAACAGAAAUUACGCAAAAGCACAACGAAAUAUACACUGGAGACCAUGUGAGAUGCAACCGAAAAGGCCGUUAACUUCAUCCUAUAAGUUCUUAAAAACUCAUCUCGACACUGAUUAUCAAAAUGACUGCUUUGAUCUAUACGGUCCAGGUGAUGAUACCCAAAAUGAAUUAAAUGUCUCGGAUUUUACUCAUGGAACAGAUGGUCCACAGACAUUGGAUGAAGAAUGUGGACGAACUAAACUUCUUCAUAAUUCGCAGGUAUUAGAGCAUAGAUCGAGAGUGGUUCGAAGACGCAGACGUCACAAUAGUUACAAUUCAAAGCUUGGUAACUCAAGUCGUGGACACGAUGCAGACGUAGAAGAGAGCGAAGGUGAACUUAUAACUGUCCCAUCUAGAAAAGAUGUUGGGGAGAUUGGUUUCAGUGAUCAAAUUGUGGAUGGUCUGAAUCCUGAAUUUAUUCACCAGUUACGAUUAAAAGAUGUUGGUUCAGAUAACCAUUUUGGGUCUUCUAAUUCAGAUAUAAAUCCAGAUUCCACAGCUCUACGUACGAUAAAACAAGUAUCUGAAUCUCCAUUAAAAUCUUCAAAUUUACAUACGUCUGCCAAAUUACCAAAUACUCUGGGUGAUUUUUCAGCCAAUACUGAGUCUUCAAAUAAUGUAGGUGUUUCGAAAACGCAAUAUACCAGUGAUUCUCCUAUCCUACUGAAGACCGAUCAAUUCUCUGAACUUGAAUGUCUUCCACCUCAUUUGUCUCAUAUUUCUUCUUUAAGUAGUUCUUUUGAUUCUUUCAUUGGAUCUAGUCGCCGUUCAUUAAAACGUUCAUUGUCGAUAAGCUUUCCAGUGCGCAGUAAAAAUACUACGACCAAUAUGUUUUCAAAUAAUAAUCUAAUGUUGAAGAAAUCAUUCUCUGAUGGGUUAUUAAAUUGUUCACAGUGUCAUCUAUUCGAUAAUGAAUUACUCUACGCAUUGAAGUCACCGUUCCAACAAAACAGAGAUUUUCAAUCUAUCUACAAUAAUACGAAGGGUCAGAUUAGAGAAGUUUUAAAGUUAUGUUCAGACCAACGAGCUCGUUUGAGUAGUGAAAAUAUUUCAUAUCGUAAAAUAUCAUUAUCAUCGCGUUCUUCGGGAGCUGCAGAGUCGUCCACUAAUUCUGCUCGAUCUUACAGUUCUGUGAGAAAGUUUCCAAAAGGAAAUGGUCGCAUUUUUGAAUUGGAAUCCGUACAUGAUGUUGGUGCAGAAUUGACAGCAAAUCCAAAAUGUGGUCGGUCUAGUGUUGACAAACAUUUGGACAGGAAGACAUAUUCUAGUUACACUGAUAUAUCUAAAUCCCAACUGAUUGAAGACAUGAAAUCUACUGUCCAAACAGUUGAGUUAUCUAAAGAAUUCCAAAAGUUGAAUGAACUGAACGAAAAACUUGACUUACUACAAGAUAAUUAUGGUCAUUCGGAAUUUAAGAACAAGUCUUAUGAAUGUAUUAAUAAAGAUGAUACCAUUACCGUAUUUAAUCGACAACGUGCUAAAUACUUACGCUUGUUUUUACAACGUGCCUUUCACCUACAACAUCCACGUGUUGUUAUAAAUUCUAAUCACACUGAUACAGAUGUGCUUGAGCCAGAUUCGGUUGUACUAAAUAGUAAAUGGUCAAAUGAAAAUUCGAAAUAUUUGGGUAAAUAUGUCCUUCCAUCUAAAAAUCCUGAUAUUAAUUUUAAACCAUCUAAUCAACGUAUAUCGUCGUUAAAUUCCAUAAACAAAAGUUGUUUAAAAUCAACUCCAACGAAAAUAUUUUACAAUUGGACAGAGGCUAAUUCUUUGUCUGGAAAUAUUAAUGAUCGUUCACAAACGACACCAACAACGGAUGUUACAAAUUCACAAGAUGCGGUUACUCAUUCUUCUAACCGACACAUGAAACAGUAUAUUGGUCCUGUCAACGGUUUUGUCCGUGAUAUGUAUUCGCAUUCACAUUAUUUUUCAAAAAAUGAAUCACAAGAUACAAAUAUGAAUGGUCGAGGUCAAACAGCUUCGGAAACUGAAUACUUUGAUAGGAUCAAUAGCGAUUUGGGGAGUGAUGCUGAUUCUUCAUCUUGUCCAGAUGAAGUAGAGUCCCCAUCUCAACCUCGUGAAAAUGAACUACGAAACUGGCAACACUCAAACUCCGUGCUAGAUAUGAAUCCAGAUGCUGCUGAGAAAUUUCAAACAGUUAGUAAAAAACAAGUAUCAGGGCGAUCUGAUCAUCAUUCUUGCAUUAGUAAGCAUUAUUGUCCAGAAUGUUCUUCACAUCUUAAUGUUUUUCUCUCACCAACCCCUGAUUCAGAACAAAUGAAUAGUUUUGACGAUCUCAAAGGUGUCAUAAAUAACAAUCAAAAGCCUACUGAAUCUCAUGAAUUGUAUGAAUCACUACAAUCUGUAAAUGCCAAUGAGAAAAAUGAAUCUUUAUCGAAUGUUCAUGAAGAAAUUCUACACUCAAUAGACUUUGAAGUAAAAGAAAAACUGUUAGAUAACCAAAUAACCAAGAAAAAUCUUAGCAACAUUCAAAUUAAUUCUCAUUUAAAAAGAGAUUCAGAUGGUCAUGAGAACUUAUUACCUUCAAAAGUUGAUACUGUUCGUUGUUAUAUGUGGGCCGGACAGAAACUGUCGAAAUUCAAUUUAUCCAUGUUGGAUAUUGGAAAGAAUGUGAUAUAUGCUGUUGAAAGACAAAGUAUUUCAUCAGAUUACAUUAUAUUCGCUUGUGUUGCAACAUUUGCACUACCAUUUAUAUCUGUAAUAUUUCAUUCAACUAAUCCAUCAAAUAUACUGGAUAAUAAUAACCAUAAUAACAGUAAUGAUAAUAGUAAUCAAUAUCAAUCAUUAUUUAUAACAACAAAAGGUACACUGUUAUUUUUUGGCAAUAAUUCAAUGAAUCGAACAUUCAAUACUAACAAUGCUGUUUUUGGAGACACUCUUAUUGGGUUAUACUUACAUGCUAUAUUAAGUUUACUUGGUCAUUUAUUUUCGACCGUUGCUAUAAAAAUCCAUAAUACAUUGAUUAAUACGAAUUUACAAACUUCUUGUUGUUUGCAACCUUAUUGUAUCGUAUUCUGGAAUAUUGUGACUGGUCAAUUUUUAAUAGAUUGGUUUUCAAAGCCAGAUGUACAAGGGCGUUUGGUUAUUUUGAUUGGAUUUAUAUUACGAUUCAAUGUUUACGGCACUGUAUUCUUUCUUCUAUGUAUUGCUGAGCGUACAUUUCAAGAGCGUUUGCUCUAUGCCAAAUAUUUCUUUUCUUUAACAUCUGGCCGUCGUGCUUUAAAAUAUCGUGUGCCGCAGUUUCAUUUAAAUAAAGUUGGUCAUAUAAAAUGUUGGUUAAUGCUUCGGUCGUAUUUGAAAAAACGUGGUCCACAACGCUCAGUUGAGCAUAUUAUGACAAUUGCAUUUUAUAUUGUUUUUACACUUGGUCUUAGUUUAUGCGCUCAAGUUAGUGGACAUUUAAUUUUUUUCCUAUCAUUUAUUAUGCAACUUAACCCACCGAUAUUAAUGUUCUUCUCGUGUGUUCUGUUCGUUUUUAAAUUGAACUUGUCAGUCAGUCAGCAACAACGUAGAACUUCGUACGUACGUACAUCAGUUCAAAUUGAACUUGAAUGAUCAUGUAAUGUAAUUAUAAUUAUUCUUCACUAAUAAAUUAAGUGACAUUAUACAUGAUACACAAGUUUACGUUUGUAAAUCAUUUUAUUUGUUCAUACAAAUCAGUACGUAUGUGGAGUGCACGAAAUGAAAUGAAUUCACUUAGUUCUACAAUAUUUGUUCUUGCAUCACUAAAGUUUAUCACAGAAACUGACCACAUGAAAUUGUUUAUUUUAAUCAACGUAACCAAAUAUUUAAAGAAAAAAUCAACACAAAUUAAAAAUUUAUUACGGUUAAAAAAAAUAAAGAAUCCACGAUAAUAUAAAAUUGCUUAUUACCGAUCAUUAACGUCGAUCACUGUUUCAAACACUUAAAUCUGAGCAACCGAAUUACUGAUCAAAUCAUUGUAGUUUAGAUGUUUGUUUUACAAGAUAAAAACCAUUAUAAUCAAAUAAAUAUCAGUAUUUUUACUCGAAAUACAGUUGUAAGGAGGAGGGAGAUUUUUCGGAUCAUUGUGCAACUUAACAAUGUUUUAUUAGGAAGUCUAAAAGUCGUUUGUUUUCGGAAUUCUGAUAUCGAAUUAUAAAUUACUCUUAUUUAUCUUUUUAUAUUCUGUUUUCUUCUUUCUAGCUUCUUUCAAAAAGUCGUACGAGUGUUUUCACUCAUUUAACUAAUUGGGAUAUUUUGGGUCUUUCCUUUGGGAUCAUUGUAUUUCUUUAUCGAUACAUUUUACUUGGUACGAAAAUUACUAAGAAAUACCGUAAUUUCUCGGUACUUAUUACUGAACAAAUUAAUUUAUAUUUAAGUAUGGAGAGUAAACCACAUAAGAAAGAAGAUUUAAUGCUUACAUUUCAAGUUCUACGUUUAGUUGAAGGUCUACUAAAAGAAGUUGAUGGUCCAUUUCGUGUUUGUGGUUGGACAUUGAAUCCAUUAGUGUAUAAUAUAUUUAAAUUAGUUUUACUUUCUUGUGUAUCCACUUUACUAUCUGAGUCAUUGGGCUUUAAAUUAAAAUUAUACAAAUUAAAAUUAAAUCCAUCCAAUUGGUAGAACGAUUAGAUGAAAACAUUGACGAAAAAACUAAUGAAAAAACAAACUUAGGGUCAUAGAGAAGAAAAGGGAUAUAACUAUCUGUCCAAUAACUAUUCCUUUGUCUAGUACUUUUUUCCAAUUUCUCAUUUGUUUUCAUGUAAUUAAUUCAGAAAAAUAGUCACCUCAUUUAUUUGUUGUUCACACUAUAUUAGUCUAUGUUACCCUCAAUCACAGUAAAUUGUCAAUUUCACUUUCAUUUAAAUAGAAAUUCAAAUAAACUUUUGUGUUUGUUUACUUAUUUAUUCUCAUACAGAAAGUAAGAAUAAUUAAGAAGACAUGUACUAUUCUCCUUCUUGUUAAAUGAUUUGGUUAAUUUGUUACUAAAUCAAUAUAAUGUGUCAGCAUCAAUGUAAUAAUAUAAACAAAUCCCAAUUUGGAUUUCAUUGUCUCUUUUAAAUCCUACAAAAUAAUGUAUAAAACUGUUAAAUCGUUUACUUUCAUUUUUUGUGCUAAUUCUGUUUUUCUUUUUGUUUAUUACUAUAAUAGUAUACACGAACUCUUCGUGACUUGUUGAUCUAAUCAAUGCAAGCUUAAAAUUGUACGCAUUUGUUGUUACCAUUGUAUUACAACUUGGUUGUUAUUUUCCCUCAUGGAAUUCAUAUUUUGUAUGGUUGAAUAAAAAAAAUAAUAACUGUACAACAGUCUUCUCAGCUGUGGAUUUGCCUUAAUAAUUCCCUUUAUGUUCUGCUACUAUGUGUUCAUAGUGUAGAAAAACUUACUAGAUCUAUGUUAAUUGUGUAAUGUAUUUUCUUUCUCAGCCUUAGUUGUUAUUUCUUGUACAUGCACUGGAAAUAAAAGACCAUUGUUUUAAAGUGUGAAUUAUUUUAUUCCAAGUAUUUUAUAUAGUUUGUUUUUCUAAUUGCCUUUUAAAAAAAAUUGAAUACAUUCUGUUUUGAAUAGUGCUGUACGAAAACGAUGAAAUUAAGGCUAUGCAAAACGUCAAUGAACAUCCUGCAUGUGUGUUACUACUCAAUCAAAUGUGAUGCUACAAAUUUUUUAAAUCUUAUAUUCAUUUAACACAUUAUUAAAUGAGUGUAUAUUGUCGUUUCUCUUGUUCGUUACGUUUUUUGGUAAACUAUCCUAUUUUUUGUUUUUGUUUGCAACUACGUCAUAAUUCAUUAAAAUACUAUCAUUAUCAAUGUUAGUAUCAUUAUUGAGCGAUACUAUUUUUAAAUACCAGUAGCUUUUAUUACGUAUAAAAUCUGCAGUAUUAAAAAGAAGCAUAACAAACAAGAUUUACAUUAUAUGUUACAAUAGUACAUAUAUUUCUGUUUUGUUCCAGUUUUAAUAGUUCAUUUUGUUUGCAUAACAAGGUAUUACAUCUCAACUUCAAUAGUAUUGAUGAUCAUGAUAAUUCUCUUUCAUUAUUUUCUUUGUUGUUUCAUUUCGGUUUUGUGUAUUUUAAUUAAUAUGUGCUUUGCAAAUUAUUUCAUUAAUUUCCCAUAAUUUAUUUUCGAUUAGAAUAGACAAGUCGUGUGGUUUUUAGAACACAGAAUUUCCCCCUAUACUUUGAUGAUAGAUUAUGGCUAUUUCAUAGGUUAGGCUUUACAGUCUAUCAUUUAGAUCAAGUGACUAAAUAUGUUACUAAUCUAAGGGGUAUGAAUGUACAAGACAUUUGUGACUAAUUAUCGCUUAUAUACUUAUCCAAAAAUGCAUUUUAUGGUGGAUUAGCAAUUAUAUGUACUCAUCAAUACCCACGUUACACUGUAUUGAAAGCCAUUGUAGAUGAAUUUACAGCUUAAUGGACUAUGUUACAUAUCAUUUAGCAUGGCUAAACUAUUUAGUUGCGAUUAUCGUUUGUGAUCUAGAAGCUUUGAUUUUUAUAAUUUAAGGUUUGAAUUUAUAUAUUUUGUUUACCAUGAAGUAAUAAAUGUGGUUUGUUGACUUUGUUAUAUCCCGAUAAGAAUAAUGAAUGGUAACUUUGGGAUCCACUUAUGGACCAAUACUAAACGUAUGUUUUUAUCGUAUAAUUGUUACAUAACUAAACUAUUCGUAUUCCUCUUAUUAUGAGUUUUAUUUUGACUUAUGAACUAUUAUUAUACGAUUUACUAUUCUUGAGUUUUGGCCUGUCUAUUAAUUACUACCACCCACAUUCAUAGCCAUAUUUGGCUAAUUCUUGUGAAAAUGUUGUUUCAUAUUUUAUGGUACGAUGUGGUCUGUCUGGUUGAUAUAUAAACCCACUAAACUCGAAAUAAGUGAUUCAAAUUGCAGAGGCUGAGAUUGGUGUUCUGGACUCAACUGGCUGGGCUAAGCGGGAAGCAGGACUCAAGACUGCUCGCACGUGUUUUAUGCGUCACUGGUUCGAUCGCUUAGUCACUGCUCUCUGAUUGGCGGUAUCGUUGCGUUAUACAAUAAACAGGGCACACAGGUUCACAAAAGUUAUAACAGACUUCUAUAUAGUAUGUGAUUUAUAUUAAAUUAAAUAUAUAUGUACAUUUCCGUUACUUAUCGUUGCUGUAUCAUCUAGAUUAACUUUAGUAUGAAGAAAGAACAUGUUCAAUUAGCUCACCAAUGUAUUUUAUUCAUUAAAAUUUAAUAAGUGUUAAACUACAAUAAAAAUUUAUAAUUUUAUUAAUCAAAAGUUAUAAAACAUAUUCAAUAUACAACAAAUAAAAUGAAAAUGC